CGGAAGUGACGUGAUUCUGCGACCUACAUCGUAAAAUCGCGCGGUCAGAAGCGCACAGUUUUCAAUGACUAUAUAGUGUACUUUAGAUUACGAAUAAUCAAAGAAGGUCAGACGAUGACUGAGUUCAAGAGAGCCUUCUCACUGGUGUGGGACCAUUUUACUCUAGUGACACCCAAUAAGGUCCAGUGCUCCCUCUGUUCACAACGGCUGAGCUUCAACAAAAACACCUCAGCCAUGUUAAGGCACCUACGAUCAAGGCACCCAAGCGAGGCUUGGUACAGCAACUCAACAUCUGGUGCCCACUCAAGCACAAGCAACUCAACAUCUGGAGUCCACUCAACGUUCUCUAACUCAAUAAUUAGUAGUGCUGGAGUCCACUCAUCGUUCUCUGGUACUUCAGGACUAAACUCAAUAUUUACAAACAGUGCUGCUGCUGGACACCACAUCCAAGUCAGGACCACCAGACAAGAGGACCUGGAUGAUGCCCUAGUCAACAUGUUGGUUAAAGACACCCAGCCAUUUUCAGUAGUCGAGGAAGAGGGAUUCGCUGCUUUUGUCCAAAAGCUUGACCCAAGCUACAAUCUUCCAAACAAGCAAGCACUGAAGAAAAUGGUGGGGUCACGGUGUGAAUUCAUCAAUGAUAAUGUUGUAUCUCAGAUGGUAAUUUCUGACUUUGUCAGCCUGACUUCGGACAUGUGGACAUCUAUAGACAAGCACAGUUACAUUUCAGUGACAGGGCAUUUGGUAGCAGAAAAUGCCCAGUUAUCCACUUUCCUCCUUGGGAUUUCUAAGCUGCCUGAAAACCACAAAGUGAUCCACAUUGAGGAGGCCAAAAACCAACUGGUGGCGAGCUGGGGCCUCCACAGCAGGGUCGCCGCAUUUGUCACAGAGACCAGCGACAACAUGGUAGCCACGGUUCAGAAACUAGGAAUCCUCCAGUUGCCCUCUUUUGCACACGUCCUGAACCUUGUGAUUAAGAGGUCCAUGGAGGCUACUUUGGAGCUGCAGGACAUCCGCUCCCAAGCGCGGGCUAUCGUGGGUUUCUUCAAGUCCAAUCAGAACGCAGAGAUGAGGUUAGCCGAGGUGCAGGGCCAGCUAGGCAGGCCAGAGCAGAAGCUGAUCCAGGAGGUGGACUCGAGGUGGAACAGUAGCUUUUCUAUGCUGGAACGUGUCUUUGACCAGAGGGAGUCUGUGGCGGCUGCUCUCAGCACCCUGGACACGGACAUCAUCCCUCUGGGAUCUGCUGAUUACGAGGUCAUCCAUCAGUGUCUCGGAGUGCUGGGUUCCUUCAACCAGGCCACAGCCGAGCUCGCCUCAGAGAAACGUGUCUCGGCCUCCAAGGUCAUUCCUCUUGUCCGGAUGCUAAAGAUAACCCUUGAGAAGAAGCACGGUGCCAUCAUACACCCUACGGCUACACAGCUGGUGUCUAACCUACAGAGGGAGCUUCAGACGAGCUGCAGCAUGGUGGAGACCGAGCCAAUCUUAGCUCUCUCUGCUCUCCUAGACCCGCGCUUCAAAAUGUUGGCCUUCGGGAACCAAGGCUACGCUCAGGAGGCGGUGAAGCUCCUCACCUCCGAGUGCGCAUCGUUAAUCCGGAUAAAUCCGGACAAGGACGACACUCUGCCGCCGUCCACCACCGGGUCGACAACGCCCUCCCCGACAUCACCCCACACCACCUCCCGGGCAAUGGAAACCGCCUCCGUCUCCAUGGCAACAUCUCUGUCUAAGUCCCACGAUGGGGGUCUGUGGGAGAUGUUUGACAGUAAAGUGGGCGAGACACAGAGCGUUCAGAGCAGCACGGCGGACGCAGCGGUGGAGGUACAACACUACCUCAGUGACCCGUACCUGAACCGAGUGGAGAAUCCCAUGCACUACUGGGAGAAGCACUCCAAGGUGUACCCGCACCUGUUCCAGCUGGCUCGGAAAUACCUCAGCGUUCCCGCCUCAUCUGUGCCAUGCGAGCGCAUAUUCACCAAAGCUGGAGAUGUGUUCAAUAAAAAGAGGAGUUGCCUCAGUAUGAAGGCUGCUGAGCAGAUAAUGCUGUUGAAUAAAGGUCUAGUAUAGCACAAGCAGCAUACUACCCACAGUGCUUCUCAUGCUUUUUGGGCUGUAUGUAACAUAGGACUGUUAAAUGUACAAAGUGAAUUGUAAUGUAUUUUUCCUUGUUUGUGUAUACAGUAUGUUAAAAUAGGCUUAUGAAAAGAGAAGGGGUCUAAUACAUUUUGAACAUUUGUCUGGAGGACAUUAGCCACUAGAGGGCAGUGCUGCACUGCCUAACUGAACCUGGCACACGGGUGUAUAUUUAUGGCUAUCAAGAACAUUUUAUUUAUUACUGGGUGGACUGAAUUCAACAUUGCCUAUACACUACUAUAAGUGUUACAAAAUAUAUAUUUUAAAACUUACAAAUCACUGAAUACUAUUUUACAUUGUCAUGUAAUCGUGAUGGUUGUUGUGCAAUUGAUGUUAUUUCACAUUCAUAUCACCACUUAUGGAGUUCCCUCUGGAUGCUUUUUGAUUGGUCAAAAUAAAGUAAAGAUAAUAUUAUUUCACUUCUGAUGGUUUAUCCAAUCCAUAUUGAUUCAGGUGGUGAUGAUGCUGAAUGGCAUUUACAUUGGCGGUACCAUAGUGAUGUAUACAAGUCAGACAAGGAAGUCUGUAGCUGGUAUACGACUUACAAUUGCCAUUUUACACCUUUUCAAUGUUUAUGACUUAUAAAGGGCAAUGUGCGUUUGAAUAGGUUAAUGUUUGAAAAUUAUGGGGAGAAAUUGCUCGGAGGCAUUCCCCAGUUUGAAAUAGCAAAAGGUGAAUAAAUGAAGUGGUUGCCAAGGAGUCCUUUUGAAGUGAGAACAACAGUUGGUGAGUCAGUCAUUAAAAAGUAAAGAGCACACAUUAAUACUGCAUUUUCAAUUGACUCUUAAAACGAUACAUCUUCCACAGACCUUUACUGUAAUAUGUAAGCUAAAUGGGAAGGCCAUUGUAAAAUGUGUACAAGAAUACUUGAUAUUUGUCAGUGACAAUAGCAUUUUGGUUGGGGUGAUUACAUUUUUACUAUGAAAAAAAUCAUGGAAGACUGCUCUGAAUCCUGUAGAGCUUCUGCCUUUCAGUCUUAUCAGAGAUGCUUCUUGGCUUGUUUAGUUUUUGCCAAUGGUGUGCCUGAUAUCGAUGCAGCAAAAGCUUGUUAUUCUGCCCAUUUUUAGGUUAUCUACCUAACACCAAGUUUUUGUGUAUUGAAAUUAGCUCUAUUUUGAGCUAAAUUUAUUGAAGGCUUUUUUACUUCGACUGAGAAGAAGUACACAGUUUUCCAAUGAGGCAAGGCCAUUAAACAUCAGCAUAUUGCUGCUUUGGACCAACAAUGAGUAGAUUACAGUCAGUUGCACGGUGGUGAUUUCAACUAAUGGAGCAUGUCCUUAUGUUUGUAUGUGAACACAAAUAAUUCAAUUGCCAAUGAGAGCUUUUGAAAGUCUUCAUGAAAUGUGAAAAUAAAAAAUAUGAAACGUGUAGUGCAACCACAAAUAAAGGCAAACUGAAGUCUCUAUUAGUUUUUUGUUUCUUCAUUUACAUGUAUUUAUUUUGUCUUGAUUUUACUGUAUUUUUCACUGAUGAUUGGCUUUACUUUUAUAUGCAAUUACCAUACACUUUUUUACUCUGUUUAUUGACAAUUACCUUGGCACCAUCAUAAUUUGAGUUAAUGAUGUAGCGAGAAAAGCUUUCGUAAAUUGUAUCAGUAUGUAUUAGCGUUUAUUGUACACUUGCUUGAUGUUGGAGACCAAUGUAGUAGAGUAGUGUUUGUGGAGUAGCGCAACGUGUAUGAUUAGCUAAGUUUGUUAGCUCUACAAGUUGACUAAUACAAUAGUUUUAACAUCAAAAUCCCUCUUUAUCAUCUAAACAUGCACCCAGGGGGGGCCCAAGGUCCGAGUUUGGGAUACCCUGGUAUAGGGUACAAGUUAAAUGUUACGCAUAUCUUUCUGGUAAAAAUGAAAGCAACUAUUGGGAAAUAGAAGUGUCUGAAUGAUGAUGAUGAAUGCCCCCUUAACAUCAGUUAUCGAAUGACAGGUGU